GCGACGUCAUAACGUCGGGCUAAAGACAUAAUAAAUAUAAAUAGUCUUGUGAUAAAUGCUAUUAUUUUGUCAACUGCAAUGAUAGAGAGUGUAUCGCGGAGGGCUUUUUCGAGCUCGAGUGGCACUUACAACGUGCGUGCAUCAGAGCUCGCAAGAGAUCGUAAGCUCAACAUCUUCAAUAUUGCUGUACAGUUCUUGGAUGACAGUCAACAUGUUUUUCAGAUCGAGAAAAAAGCCAAAGGUAGUGUCUUAUUGGAUCAAGUAUAUCAACAUAUAGAACUAAUAGAAAGGGAUUACUUCGGCCUGCAAUUCACUGAAAAUGGAUCCGCACCUUGCGCUACAAAUACAGAAAUAACACGCUGGUUAGAUGCAAACAAAUCUGUAAAGAAACAAGUUGGGGUCAACGCACAGUUCUGGUUAGCAGUACGUUUCUACCCCCCUGAACCGUCACGAUUAGCCGAGGAGUAUACAAAAUAUCUGCUCUUCUUACAACUGAAAAAACUAUUAUUAGAUGGUAGAAUGACAGCUCCAAAGAACACUGCCUUGUUGUUAGCUUCGUUUACAGUACAAGCGGAACUAGGAGAUUAUAACGUAUCAGAACAUCCCCCAAAUUAUCUAUCAGAGCUAAGCUUGCUACCAAAACAAACUUCAGAAGACGAGAGGCGAAUAAGAGAACUUCAUAAACUACAUAAAGGUCAGACUCCGGCAGAUGCAGAGGCGAAUUUUUUGGAGCAUGCAAAGAGAUUGGAUUGCUACGGUGUUGAGUCACAUCCGGCUAAGGAUUACAACGGCAAAGACAUAUUUAUUGGCGUAACGUCAAUAGGGAUUGUUGUCUUCCAAAACAAUAUACGAGUGAACACUUUCUCUUGGAGUAAAAUCGUUAAGAUUUCGUUCAAGAAGAAGCAGUUCUUUAUACAACUGAAACGGGAACCUUCCGAAUCCUACGACACAGUCCUCGGUUUCAACAUGCGUUCAGGGCGGGCCGCGAAAGCCCUCUGGCGUUGUAGCGUAGAACGCCACGGGUUCUUCAGAUUACGAGCGCCGCGGCGUCGACCGCCGUUCUUAGGCGCUUUGAGCGCGCUAGCUGGGAUAUCCGCGCCUAGUGUCCCACGCACCGAAACUCAAGCAUUGGAAGAUGCCAGAAGAGAACGUCACGGGAGGAGUUUUGUCAGACGCAGCAGUUCGCGCAAUCGCGAUCGGUCGACGAGUGCGGCGUCGCCGUCCGCGCCCGUGUCCGUGCCCGUGCACGCGCCCGCCGCGACGGCACGCACGUCGCGGGUCACCGGCCACGAGGAACCAGCGCCCCGAGAAGCCUGGACGGACGCCGCGCAGCCCGCGCCUCAGCCUGCCGACGAUGAUGGCGGUUUCUUAGAACGUGCACUCCGAGUGCCCCUUCCCUACAUGGACGAGUCAGAGUCUGGGUCAGAAGCUCAACCCGACGAGUCCGUCGUGAUUAGACUCCAGGCGGGUUCCGACGGCCGCUUCGGGUUCAACGUACGCGGGGGAGGGGGAGGUCCGGUGUUGGUGUCUAGAGUCGCUCCUAGAACUAGACUCCAGUUGCAAGAGGGGGAUCAGGUGAUAUCAAUAAACGGCAAUGACGUUGAGGAGAUGACACACGAACAAGUUGUUCAGUUGAUUCGAAACACGAGAGGGACUCUCACUCUGGUCGUUAAACAUAAUGCGGUAUAUGAGCCAGAAGAAGGCGGCACCGAAGAACCUGCAGUGUGCUUCGUACCUCUGGGCGCUGGGGACUUCGAAGGUGACGCAUUGGAACAGUCCAUGCUUUUGCUAGGAGACGGCCUGGCCAGUGGCGCUGCUCUGAAACAGUAUGAACAAUUACUAAGAAGACUGCCCGAGGAGCCAUGUGCGGCAUCCAAACUUCCUCUAAACCUAAACAAGAAUAGAUAUAGAGAUAUAGCACCUUACGAUUCGACGCGAGUGAUACUGAAAAACGGAACAACAGGAGAUUAUAUUAACGCUUCCUACAUCAACAUGGAGAUACCAAAUUCUGAUUUAGUACUGACCUAUAUUGCUACACAAGGGCCACUGUCAUCAACAGUAGGCGAUUUCUGGCAGAUGGUAUGGGAAAGCGAAAGCAGCCUUGUAGUGAUGCUAACAGUUCUAGCUGAGAGGGGCCGGGCCAAGUGCCACCAGUAUUGGCCGAAAGUAGGCACUACUCCGCUUAAGGCGACCAAUUCACUGACACUGCUUACCAAUAGCGAACAAAACCUUGGACAUUAUAUUAGAAGAGAGAUGACACUUAAGGACAAUAGUGGCGCAACCCGUAAUAUAACCCAGCUGCAGUACACGGCAUGGCCGGACCAUGGCGUUCCAGAUGACUCAAGUGCCUUUAUAAGCUUCACGCAGCUCUGUUCAAAGCUUCGGAACCAUCGUGCCGUAAUACCAACCGUUGUUGAAGAGCUAAACGGCGAAGAAGAACGCGUUCUUGAUCCUCCAAUGAUCGUGCACUGUUCCGCGGGAGUGGGACGUACAGGGGCAUUGAUACUCGCUGAGACUGCGAUAGAGUUGAUUUCGCGUCGCCAACCGUUGUACCCACUCGAUAUAGUACGCUCUAUGCGUACUCAAAGGCCUAUGUGCAUACAGAACGUGAGUCAAUACAAAUUCGUCUGCGAAAGCAUACAGACCUACUACUCACAAGGGAUCACAAAAACGACGGACAGUGGACCUAACUGAUCGUGCCUAGAAAUAUAGCGGUAACUAACAUUAUACAAACCUGACAUGGUAUUAAAAUCAUAUUAAAAUGAUUGCGACGAUAUGAAAUACAGUAUUUUUCAACGUAAAGUUGAUAGCCAUAAUUAGCAUUUCAGUAUUCGAAUGGUAAUGAAUGUUUACCAACAUAUGUUUACCACAGCGAUUAACAGCGUUGUUGAUUAUUUAAUGCACAUGUAUAGAGCAAAAAAUCCAAUGAUUGUCACUUAAAAUUCAAUUAUUGGCACUCACUCUUGAUUUUGUUUAAACAUACAAGGUGCCAAUAAUUGAAAAAUAGGCUACUUUACCCUAAGGAAAAAAUUCAUUAUGAAUAGGUGAAUUAUCACAAGUUACUGUGAACAUUACUUUGAGGUUUACGUGCUUUAGUGAAACUGUACUCGAUCACAGCGGUAACGUUAUUACGUAUUGUGACUUUCAAAUAUUUCAUCUCCCGUAGCAUGGCUACGCGUGGUGGUCGCGAUACGCGCGAUAAAAUUGGAAUAAGCACGCGCUAUUGGCUGUCUCAAUCAGAUGCGUACCCAUGCUAUGGGGGCUGAUCUCGCUUGCACGCAUUAGACAGACUGAGAAAUAAUGGGACAGCUGAUUUGGUGUUGUUUAGAUGGUAGUUUAGUCAUUGUUAUUCUCGUCAUGCUCAGUAAAUGUUACACACUAAAUUCAAUCUCAUGUAUUUUAGUAAAAAUGCGUUAUAAAUAAUUAGAAGGCGCCAACUAGUAGAACAAUAUUGAGGUUUAUAGUCGAGUGCUGUCAUUGAACUUUUAAAACAAAAUUGUGCUAUUGCUAGCUUAAGUACGGUCUGUCCACACCAGAUAAACUUUCGGUAAUUCAUCUAUUCAUGCGACAAACUUUCAUUUGUGAAUAAUUAGAGCACUGUAACUCUGAAACUAUUUCGAUACUAAUUGUAGUUUGCAAGCGCGUUACGUAUUUUUUCAGAUUUUGUAAAUUAGUACUUUCUGAGAUAUUUUGUAAAUAAAAAACAGAGUUACGUGACGAAACUGCUUCUUUUUCUAAAUAUAAUGUGUAAUUCUCGAAUAACAACGUAUUUACUACAUAUCACUCGUUAUUCUGUUCAUUAAGUUAAUAUUGAACAAUAGUCUUUUUGUUAUGUGAAUAUUUUCGUUACGAAGAUCGAUAGUUUUAAAUCCUAGGUAAAAAUCUUGCCUUUUUAACGAAUUUAACGUUUACUAAUUUUAAUACGGUUAAUGUAAGUUUAAUUUGGUAUUUAUUUGACAACGAUUAAGGCUAGAUUCAGAUGAACGUACACCUGUCAAGCGUCGGCGUACGUUGACGCGCGUUGGAACGUUCAGAUGACGACAGGCAUCCCGCGGUGCCCACAAGUAUUUGCAGUGAACGUACAGUAGAACUCCUGCAAAAUUUCAUCCAGAGAAGCACUGCCAUCUUGCCUGUUUCUGCCGCCAAGCAGUAAUGUCAUUACUGUGUUUCGGUUUUGCAGGGUAAGGGCACGCGCAACGUCAGACGCACAACUUGUUCGUCCCGUCACUUAAUAUUAUUAAAAAAAGUGGCAGUGCCUAUAAUUCUAAACUCGCGGGUACGAACGUUUUGAAGUAUUUUCUCUAAACGCAGCGGUACAGCACGUUAACGCACGGUAUCGCGCAUACAUAUGAACGAAUGUAUCUAAAGUGUAUAUCGCGUAUUUUAAAAACGCUCGUUAAAUUUUUGUCGUCUAAAUUUAGCCUUAGACUAUUUUUAAUUGCUUUUUACCUGUGCCAUUUACAAAGGUUGUUUAAUUUGAAAGUCAUUGUAUUAUGACAACUUUACGAUGAUAUCUGACAGAUGAUCUCAAUCUAACCUUUAACACGAAAAGUUAUUCAAUCAAUAUGGUAUAUAUACGGCUGCUCCAGAAUAAAACUUGGUAAGAGACAAAUUUCUUGAUAGUCAUUUUUUAACGGAAUAUUACUCCUAUGGUAAGUACUCAUAGCGAUGACGGCCGCUUCAAAAUUCGACAAUUUAUCAAAGAUUUCGAAACUUAAAAUCUAGUUAGGUACAUUUACCUGCCAAUAAUCUUUUAAGUCACUUUACCCAAUUCAAAACAUAACAAGUAUUUUGACAGUUGCUAGGUUUUACAGUAGUUAAAGUGUAGGAAAUAAAACUGUUUUUCCGGAUUUAAAUCGCGUAUAUUUAUUUUUUCAAACAAAUUCGGGCCUUAAAUCGGGAUUCACAGGGUCAGGAUCGGUAAAAACAGUUUCAUUUCCUAUGUGUAACAAUCGCGAAAACCUAAGAACUCGAUAGUUAAAGUGUCUUACUUAAAUUUUCAAUUAGUGGAUAGUGCAACUUUACUGAUACUGAAAAUAUUAGUCGUUUUAUUAAUUAGUCAAACAAAGUUGAAUUUUAUUCUAAAUUUUCAGCAAAUGCUUAUAUUGUGUUUUGAUUCUGGCGGUUAUAGUAAGUAACUUUACUUAAUUUCCUAUGCGCAACAAUCGCGAAAACCUAAGAACUCGAUAUGCACACCAGAACGGACUGCACGUUGCAAAUAAAAUCCGGCUGUACGAAGACCUCAAGUACAAACGUGCGCGCGCCCUAACUGAUUGUCAAUGAACUUUACUUAAUAUUCAUAGUUAGUAAGGGUAAGGGUAGUUUACAUGUAAUAUAGCACGUUAAAACAGUAGUGUAUAAACUCAAAGAGAGUUUUUUUUUUUCAGAAUCAAUGUAAAACUGAUUA